GCCGCGCGCGUAGGGUGGGGCGCGCACGCAGAGAGUCCGGGCUCCGCGCGGAGGUGGGAGACGUGGCGAGGGGACCAUUAAUCUUUGGCAUAGCUGCUGGCCACUUCUGAAAUCCUGAAGAAGCUCGAUACUAAGGAAGAUCAAACAGCAGACUUGGCCGAUUAGAGGAUGGACCGUCUGGGUUCCUUCAGCAGUGACCCCUCUGAUAAGCCACCGUGCAGAGGCUGCUCCUCCUACCUCAUGGAACCGUAUAUCAAGUGUGCUGAAUGUGGGCCACCUCCUUUUUUCCUCUGUUUGCAGGAGGAUUUGAGUACAAGAAACAUCAGAGUGAUCACACUUAUGAAAUAAUGACCUCAGACUUUCCUGUUCUUGAUCCCAGCUGGACUGCUCAAGAAGAAAUGGCUCUUUUGGAAGCUGUAAUGGACUGUGGCUUUGGAAACUGGCAGGAUGUAGCUAAUCAGAUGUGCACCAAGACCAAGGAGGAGUGUGAGAAGCACUACAUGAAGCAUUUCAUCAAUAACCCUCUGUUUGCAUCCACCCUGCUAAACCUGAAACAAGCUGAGGAAGCCAAAACUGCUGACACAGCCAUUCCAUUUCACUCUGCAGAUGACCCUCCCCGUCCUGCCUUUGACUCUUUGCUUUCCCGGGAUAUGGCAGGGUACAUGCCAGCUCGAGCAGAUUUCAUUGAGGAGUUUGAUAAUUAUGCAGAAUGGGACUUAAGAGACAUCGAUUUUGUUGAAGAUGACUCAGACGUUUUACAUGCUCUGAAGAUGGCCGUGGUAGAUAUCUAUCAUUCCAGGUUAAAGGAGAGACAAAGACGAAAAAAAAUUAUACGAGAUCAUGGAUUAAUCAACCUUAGAAAGUUUCAAUUAAUGGAGCGGCGAUAUCCCAAGGAGGUCCAAGAUCUUUAUGAAACAAUGAGGCGCUUUGCGAGGAUUGUGGGGCCAGUGGAACAUGACAAGUUCAUUGAAAGCCAUGCAUUGGAAUUUGAACUCCGGAGGGAAAUCAAGAGGCUCCAGGAAUAUAGGACAGCAGGCAUCACCAAUUUUUGUAGCGCCAGGACAUACGAUCACCUAAAGAAGACUCGCGAGGAGGAGCGCCUUAAACGCACCAUGCUCUCGGAAGUUCUCCAGUACAUCCAGGACAGUAGUGCGUGCCAGCAGUGGCUCCGCCGGCAGGCUGACAUUGAUUCUGGACUGAGUCCUUCUGUUCUGAUGGCUUCAAACUCAGGAAGACGAAGUGCACCACCCUUGAACCUCACUGGCCUCCCUGGUACAGAGAAACUAAAUGAAAAAGAAAAGGAGCUCUGUCAGAUGGUCAGGUUGGUCCCUGGAGCCUAUUUAGAAUAUAAAUCUGCUCUGCUGAAUGAAUGUAACAAGCAAGGAGGCUUGAGACUGGCACAGGCAAGAGCACUCAUCAAGAUAGACGUGAACAAAACCCGGAAAAUCUACGACUUCCUCAUCCGAGAAGGGUACAUCACUAAAGCCUGAAUCUCAGUGUACUUGGCAACACAGGCCAAAAGUUUGUAAUGUGGUGGGUCAAAGGACAGUGUGAGCAUUCUGGAGUUGAAUUCUGAGUUGAAUUCUUAUUUUGAAAAGCAGGAAAGACUCCAUAGAAAAUCCUGUUUUAACGUCUGCUUUCCUCUCUGCCAUUUUGAAGCACUCCUGUUGUUGGUAUAGUGCUGCAGAGUUGUGUGCUCAAUAAGCUAUUAUUAAAUACGAGUGGGCAUUCAUUCCUAACACCUCUUGUAACUAAAACAAGAACCAUAGUACCUCACAUCAUAGUUUUGGUGAAAAUAGAACCAAAUCAAGCCACAGCAUUUCAUCCCAGGAGUCCAGCUCAGAUCCUUGCACUUGAGAGCUAAGUUUGCUCAUUCUCUCUUCUGCCUUCAGAUGUUGCAGACAGAUUUUAAAUGAAGAGGAAAGGUUUUUAGAACACAAGAAAGCUUUCUCUUUUAAGAAUUUUUUAAGCUGACAGUGUAUGCUUGUGAGCUGAAGAUGUGGAAAAUCUCUCCAUGAUGGUCCUGUCUCAAACUGCAUUUUUAACUUUAAUGUUGGCUUUGUACUUUGCAGUCUGGCUGUCUGAUCUGCAGUAGACUCCUGAGGAGGUGGCACCGGAUAUAAAAUGUCUGUUAUAUUUAGAGUUAAUGGAUUAAACUGUUUUGCUAUUUAAUUUGUGGGUGUGUCAAAUAUUCUGGUAACUAAAGCACACGGAGGGUGCUGGAUGCCCUCCUCAUCACGCUGCACUGUCUGUGCUUACACAUGUGUCCUGUGUCCUGAUCUCACCUUGUUCUUACCCUGGGUUUCCCAGGAUACAAGGCCCAUGAGGAUGGAGAUGAUACAACUUAAUGUAACUUUGCUUGGAUUGAGAACUGAACCCUAAUAUCUCAGUGGUGAAAGGCUAGCCUGCAAUAAAACCUGCUUUAAAACCUAAGUGAAGCAGCUUC